AUGGCUUUCAUUGGUUCUCAGAGGAUCACGUACGAGCUCGGUCCUCUCCUCGGCCGCGGCGCCUCCGCUAAGGUCCUCCUUGGCCGCGAUCUAACCACCGGUCACAAAGUCGCCAUCAAGAUCAUCAGUAAGCUGCGAAUCACGAAGCAUAACCUCGCCGACAACGUCCACCGUGAGAUCGACGCCAUGCGCCGCCUCCGCCACCCAAACGUCGUCCGCCUCCAUGAGGUCCUCGCCUCCCGCACCAAGAUCUACUUCGUCCUCGAACUCCUCAAAGGCGGCGAGCUCUUCACCCGCCUCGCCUCCGGCGGCCACGUCCCGGAGGACACCGCCCGCCGCUAUCUUCGCCAGCUCGUCUCCGCCCUCGGUUAUUGCCACUCUGGCGUAUUCCACCGAGAUCUAAAACCCGAGAACCUCCUCCUCGACGAUCACGGCAAUCUCAAGGUCACCGAUUUCGGCCUCUCCGCUCUCCAACCCUCAAACCCCUCUCCUCUCCACACCCUCUGCGGCACCCCGGCCUACGUCGCGCCGGAGAUCCUCUCUAGAAAGGGCUAUGCCGGCGCCGCCGUCGACGUCUGGUCCGCCGGAAUCGUCCUCUUCGUACUCACCGCUGGGUAUCUCCCUUUCAACGACUCCAAUAUCUCCAAUCUCUACCGCAAGAUCUACCGCGGCCAGUUCCGGUGCCCACGGUGGACAUCGCCGGAGCUCCGGCGGCUUCUCUCCCGCAUCCUGAACACGAAUCCCGAGACCCGGAUCACCGUCGAUGAGAUCCUCCGCGACCCGUGGUUCCGGAAGGGUCUAGAAGACGAUGAGAUCGCUGAGAUGGCGCGUUUUGGUUCUAAUCUCGAGGCAGAUGUCUCGAAGCUCGAUGACCGUGAGAUGAACGCCUUCGAUAUUAUCUCCUUCUCCUCCGGUUUCGAUUUGUCCGGUUUAUUCGGUCCGAAGCCGGACUGGGAACGGUUCAUCUCGACCGAACCGGCCGGGUCGGUUCUCGACCGCGUGGUCGAGAUUGCAAAAUCAGACGGGCUAAGAACAAAGAGAGGUACUGUAAAUGAUAAGGGACAAGAUGGGAAUUUAGUGCUUGUGGAGGGGCAUAAUGGUAAUCUUCCCGCACGUGUUGGAGUUUACCGGUUGCCCGGGAAAUUGGUCUUGGUGGAGGUUGAACGCAAUGAACGGUGGAGUGGUGGGUAUUGGCAGGAGAAGCUCGGUCUGAGCGAUGACCGGUGAUGGCCGGAAAAUCUCAAUGGUAAUAUAUAUUUUUUUUUUAUGUAUAUAUCGAUAAGCCAAUAAUCCUUGAUCCCUCUGAAAUUUUGAACUCACAAUCUUCUGCUUGGAAGGGUAAGGAAAUAUCAAUUUUUUUAUUUUAGAUUAAAUUAGUUCUCGUCGGUAUUAUUAAUUCUGACGAGUUCUGAUGAUAUUAUUUUUGUGUA